AGGUAUUUGUUGACUCGGUUCGUUUUCGUUCAGUGCAAAAGUAGGUUGAAAAGUUGAAAAUUCAACUUGUUUUUAUCUAGCUCUUAUAUAACAAUAAGUCAAUAACACGUCUGCCUCAUCUCCUGUAGAAAACGCAUGCUUAUAGUCACGCAACUUAUCAUAGUCAUCUCUGCUGACUACGUCGUUAGGGAGAUACCUUGAUCUAAUAAGUUUGGCAACCACCUUGCUAGAGAAGCUUUAGAUACCUGUUGCUCUGCGCGAAGAAUUUAAGGUAAUUCUAGUUUCACUUUUAAACCAUGGCUGAUGCUAGAUUGAAAGCUGUCCUUGGCCACAUGAAUAAUGGUUAUCAGGGACAUAUGAAUGGCCACUCAAGAUUCCAGUACACCUUGGACAACCCUAUGUUGACGCUGGAGCAGAGGCAAUUCUACGAAGACAAUGGCUUUCUUGUAAUUCCACGCCUUGUUAGCUCACAGUUCUUAGAUGCCUGCAAGGAAAGAUUUCUUGCCUUGUGUGAUCGAAGAGUCCCAUGGGGUGGAAUCACCAUGAUGAAAGACAUUUCUCUGGCUAAAAACAACACAGUGUCAGGUGAACGUCUUUACAACAAAGCUCAAGACUUUGUCUACGAUGAGGUUCUCUUCCAGUUUUGCCUGCUUCCUCAGAUUUUGGACCAUGUUGAAUGCUUUACUGGACCCAAUAUUCGCGCUAUGCAUACCAUGUUGAUCAAUAAACCACCUGAUACAGGAAGUCAAACUUCUCGCCAUCCUCUCCAUCAAGACUUGCACUACUUCCCUUUCCGUCCGGCCGAUCGUAUUGUCUGCGCUUGGACUGCCAUGGAACGCAUCACGCCCGACAAUGGAUGUCUGAUUGUCUUGCCCGGCACCCACAAAGGAGUUUUGCAUCAACACGACUAUCCCGAUUGGGAGAAAGGCGUCAACAAAAUGUAUCAUGGAGUUCGUGGAUAUGACAAUCACCCAAUGGUCGAAUUGCCAAUGGAGAAAGGUGACACUGUUUUCUUCCAUCCAAUCCUUAUCCACGGAUCGGGAAUGAACAGGACCAAUGGAUUCCGCAAAGCUAUUUCAUGCCAUUACAGCUCGGCUGACAUGCAGUACAUCGACAUCCGCGGAACUUCACAGGAAAAUAUCGCCAAGGAAGUCGAAGAAAUCGCCAAGCGUCGCGGCAUGGAACUCGAAUUCCAGGAUAUCUGGCGUUUCCGUAGUCGCUUGUGUCGUGGCCGUGACCCUUCUAUCCCGGCUUAGAACUCGAGUAUCAACAUAUUCUAGGGCUUCUUUCAUCCGCCUUUAUUGCCAAAUUAACCAAUCAACGUACAUAAUAACAAAAUGGGGUACUUUUUUUAAUCUGUAUAAAAUAUUUUACUUAUAUAAUUCUGGGAAUUUUGUUUGAUUCAACUUAUGCAGCUGUUGUCGCAAUACAGUUAAGAAAAACAA